CCGCCCGCUCUCAAAGAACUGAAGGUUAUACGGGGUGAAGAGCUAAAGUCACUAAUAGCAGAGGAGGGGAAUAAGAUCAAUUGUCCAUCUCUUGAAUCUAUUAAGAUCUUGAGUUGUAAGGCGUCUCAAAACCCUACCAGAUGUUAUGCAAAAUAGUCUCAGGAAUCUAAGUCGACUGAAGAUAAGUGUCUGUAAGGAUCUGGAGUCCCUUCCGGAAGGAUGGUUCCCCACAACCAAUUUUACGGAAUUUCGUAUCUUCGACAGCGAGAAACUCGAGCCCCUUCCAAACCACGCGUACAACAACAACAAUUGCGCUUCUCUCGAAAAGCUGGAUCUAAGAAGUAGUUCCCCUCUGGCUACUGGACUCCUCUCCCACAUUCUGGAUGAAGGAAGUUUCUCCUACUUCACCUACCUUACUUCACUUUCCAUCUUUGAUGUCCACAUUGGUAAGCUGUGUGGUUUGCACCGAUUGUACUCCCUCAGAGAACUCUCCCUUGUGAAAUGUGAUUGGGUGUCCUUUCCGGAAGAUGGGAUGUUUUCGUUUCCCUCCUCUCUGGUCUUUUUGGCCAUCCGGAAAUUCUCAAAUCUGGAGAAGCUAUCUUUCAAGGACUUUGAAAACCUUGUCUCUCUUGAAAAACUUCAUAUCCGUUCUUGCCCCGAGCUCACGUCCAUUUCAGAGCUAGGACGGCUUCCCUCGCUUUUGGAUUUGGUGAUCUCUGGCUGCCCCAACCUCGCAUCGUUUCUGGAGCAAAAGCUGCCUCUCUCGCUUUUGUAUUUGUCGAUCGAAGAGUGUCCGAUGCUGAAACGACGAUGUGUAAAGGGGAAAGGCAAAUAUUGGGGCUUCAUUGCACACAUUCCUGAAGUCAUGAUUGACAAAAGAUUCGUCUUUGACCCAAGCAGCUAAAGGCCCAGAUUGUUCAGAUUUUAUAGUGAGAUUUUAAAAGAGUGGGUGAAUUUUCAUUGGAGAGAAGAGUUUUCACUCCGAAAAAUGCAAGAGUAUGUUGGUGUUAUUGUGUAUAAGAUCAUGGCUGGCACUUAGGAGGGGUUUCCCUCUUCUUUAAGCCCAGUGGUGAUCACACUUUUGAAAGGAAGGGCUCUUUGAAUCUGUAACUGAUUUUGGCCUUGGUGGCUUUUCUAUGGUCCUGUUUUUGGCAGAGGAAGUGGAGGUAUUCGUGCAAAAGCUGCUGAUGUUGGUGCCGAUAUUAUUGACAAGGUUGAGAGGAACAUCCCCGAUGAUGAUCCUAGAAUCGAGCGGUAUGAUGCAAUAUGCUUUAGGGACUGUUUUAAAAAGUCUCCCACAAAUGUUUCAUGCAAGUAAAAUGCAUGCAAGAAAAUAAGUUUCAUUCCUUUAUCCAUUCUUGUCACAUCAAUUUUUGUCACUCUUCAUUAUCUUCUUCUU